AUGGAUUAUCAAGGCUUGAGAGUUUUCUCGCAUUUGAUUAUAUUUAUGCUGCUAAAAGUUGUUUUUGGUGCUCGUGUUAAUGUCACUCUGAUACCAAGUGCCGUAUCAGAAGGCGCGGUUUGCUUGGAUGGGAGUCCACCGGGCUACGCGAUGGAUCAGGGUUCGGGCUACGGAUCCUACAACUGGCUUAUUUAUCUGCAGGGAGGCGCAUGGUGCGAUUCCCCGGCCGAUUGCUAUGGUCGUAGUAACACCUCUUUAGGAAGCAGCUCGAAAUUCAGUAGCACCAUCUUUUUUGAUGGCAUUCUAGACCAAAACCGAACAUUUAAUCCAGACUUCUACAACUGGAACAGAGUUCAUCUUAUGUAUUGUGAUGGCUCCUCAUUCCUUGGCGACGUAGAUGAAGUCGAUCCAGAAACCAAUCUCCACUACAGGGGCUCGAGAAUUUUUAACGCUGUAAUGGACGAGCUGCUGGCUAAAGGCUUGGAUUACGCCAAAAAUGUGAUACUUUCCGGAGGUUCGGCUGGCGGGCUUGCGACGAUCUUACAUUGUGAUGGAUUUCGUUGGCUCUUACCUGAUGCUCAACGAGUCAAAUGCAUUUCCGAUUCUGGCUUCUUUUUGCAAGCAGUCGAUCUACCAGGGGUGGAAGAAAGAGAAGAUUUCUUCGCCCGAGUGGUAGAAUUACAUGGACUUGAAAAGAUUCUGCCUGUGACAUGCACGUCUAGGCUGAAUCCUGGUUUGUGUCUUUUCCCUGAAAACUUGGUGGGAGACAUAGACACGCCAUUGUUUUUACUUGAAUCAUCGUACGACCAGUACCAAAUAACCGAGCAAUACACACUGUAUAUCGGUGGAAGAGAUGCUUGGAAAAGUUGUGUGAAUGGUAGUUUAACAUUCUGCAACUCAACCCAAUUGGAGAUCUUGGAGAAUUUUCACGACACCUUCGUGCAAACAUUGCAAGAUCUCGAUUAUUCGACAUCGAGAGGCAUGUUCGUGCACAACUGCUACAGACACGGCCAUGUUCUCCAGAAGGAUGGCUGGAAAUGCUCGUCUCUGGUCAGAAAUGUAUUGCAAAAUAAAACGAUUGGGGACGCUGUUGCAGACUGGUAUUUCGACAGAAAUGAUGUUAAAUACAUAGACGCCGGCUCUGCCAUACGGAAUUGUAGUAGCAACCUCCAUGGAAAUAUGUUUGAGAGAAAAUGUAUAGAGUGCAUGUGA